UGCUAUUCAGCUCUGCAAAUCAAACACCAAACUGGCCUGUACACAUGGCCAGGCCAAAGUCUAAAAAGCAAACCCCCUCUGGUAGUUUCAGACAAACAACCCACAACCAUGGCUGGCAUCUAUCUCAUUCUCUUGCUGUGUCUCCAUGUGCAAGCAAACGCACAUGUAGGGAGGGACGGGAUGAUUAUAGAACAAGAAGGCGCUAGACAGGAUGCCUUGGAGUCUGACCACCAGCAUCAAGUGACUUCCCCCUCAGCCAAACCUGGGCAGUGCUCCUACACCUUCACUGUCCCCACGUCAGACCAGCCCCUGGGGCAGGGGCAGCUGGACAGGGUCCAGAAGGAGGUGGCCGCUCUGAACGACUGGAAAUACCAGGUCGGCAGUGCAGUGAGCAGGAUGGAGGACAGGAUAGACCAGGUGGAAAAGUGGACAGAUGGUCUGGACAAUAAGGUUGAAAAGUCGAACUACAAAGGUACUGUUGCAGAUGUAGCUUUGCUAAAGGAACAACAAGAGGAACUGACUGCCAGCCUGAAGACCCUCACCCUGCACGUACAGUCUCUUAACAACACUCUGGGCAUGCUGGUGGCAGAAAAGGCCAAGACGGAAACUACUCUGAAACGUGGGAUAAUGAAUACCAAAGACCUGGGCGAAUAUCCCAAAGACUGUUCAAACAUCUACCAGGAAGGUUACACCCAGAGUGGAGUGUACAUGAUCCAUCCUGAUGUGUCAAGCAUUGUUCCCAAACCAACAGCUCCCCCUGACCCUUUCCCUGUGUACUGCAUAAUGCAGAACAACACAGGUUGGACUGUGAUCCAAAGAAGGGAGGACGGAUUCACUGACUUUCAACAAAACUGGUCUCAGUACCGGAACGGCUUUGGCCACCUGAACCGUGAGUUCUGGUUGGGCAAUGAGAAGAUCUACCUCCUCACAAAUCAGGACAGGUACAAGCUCAGGAUUGAGAUGGAGGAUUGGGACAACGAGGUGGCCUACGCAGAAUACGACCGCUUCUUGAUCGAAGACGAGUCGCAGACAUACCGUCUGCGCGUGGGGAACUACAACGGAACCGCGGGGGACGGGUUUGUCAACAAGAUCCACGCUGACCUCACUCACCACAACAGGGUGUUCCAAAGUAGUGACACUGACUGUGGGAGUGACAAGAGGGGGGGUUGGUGGUACUACUCUUAUGCAAAGGGAUGUCAGAGGUCCAACUUGAAUGGGCAAUACUACAGUGAAUAUGGUCCCUGGGACCACAGGUUUGACUAUGGGAUACGGUGGAACCCGUGGAAGGGUAACCGAUAUUCCCUCAAGUCAGUCAAGAUGAUGAUUGCCCCUGCUACACAGUAGGCAGUGGUAAACACACGUAUGCACAUGAAAAGGAAAUGUGGUAGAUUUCAAACUUGCAACAUAUCUUACCAUUCACUGCAGUAGAUCAGCUAUUUCAUUACGCAAAUUGAUUCCAUUUUUAAGGUGCAAAACUAUACUCAUGGUGUAUUGUCUUGUCACAAAAUGUAGACUUUCAUGAACAUAUCCAUCCAAGUUAAUUCAAUUAAGUAACAGUCCCUCUGAUUGGU